GUAUAAUAUAGUAUAUGCCCUGCUGUCCACCACACACCUCUGCCCAUCUUAACCUCUAUGCCUCUCUAUAUAUAUGUCACCUCCAACCUUUUUAGUUUUUACUCAACAAUCAAGUUUCUUUUUCACUCUCCAAAUAGUAUAUAAUUUUUCUCAAAACAUUUCAGUCGAAAUUUCCGUCUGAAUUUGCUUGCAUGGCAGCAGCAUCUGGGUUGUUAGCAUAUGAGGUAGCUGACCUCUGUUUAGGAAAGCCAGCUCUGAAAUCCCUUUCGGUUUCAGCCACCAUUGCUGAUGCUCUGUCCGCUCUCAAAUCUUCCGACGACAAUUGCAUCAGUGUUUGGAGCUGUGACCAUACCAAAAAGACCAGCAACUUUGCUAAUGGUGGUGAUGAUUCCUGUGUUUGCAUCGGUAAGCUUUGCAUGGUGGACAUCAUUUGUUACCUGUGCAGGGAAGACAACCUUGAGUCUCCACGUUCUGCUUUGAAAUCCCCUGUUUCUGCAUUGCUGUCCACCGUUCCCGGCCAAGUCAGGCACGUGGAACCCUCUUCAAGUCUGGUGGAAGCAAUUGAUUUGAUUCUUCAAGGAGCUCAGAAUCUAGUUGUACCUAUCAAGACCAGAUUCACCAGCAGCUCCAAAAGGAAAUUCCUCCAGAAAUCAUCAUCAAUUACUCCGACGAUCCAUAACGGCCGGGAAUUCUGCUGGUUAACCCAGGAAGACGUGAUCAGAUUCCUCCUCAACUCAAUUGGUCUUUUCUCACCCAUCCCAACUCUAUCCGUCGAGAGGCUGGGCCUAAUCACCACCGACUUCUCAUCUAUACCGUACCAUUCCCGGGCAAGUUCCGCCACCGGAGCCAUUUUGGAUUCCCUCAACAACCAGACCUCGGUGGCCGUCGUCGACGACGAGGGGAUUUUGGUAGGUGAAAUUUCCCCCUUCACCCUCGCUUGCUGCGACGAGACCGUCGCGGCCGCCAUAGCGACUUUGACCGCCGGCGACCUCAUGUCGUACAUAGAUUGCGGCGGCCCGCCUGAGGACAUAUUCAGGGCCGUGACGGAAAGGCUAAAGCAGAGGAAUCUAAUGGGAAUAUUGGAGGAAUUCAUGACGGAUACAUCGUCGUCGGAUUCGUCGUCGUCGUUGUCAUCGUCGGACGAGGAUUUGCCGUCGCCGAACACGACUCUGAUAAGCUCCGGCAGGUACAGCCGGUCGAGCAGCUACUCGGCGAGGAUCGUGAGAAGGGCGGAGGCAAUCGUUUGCCAUCCAGGAAGUUCAUUGGUGGCGGUGAUGAUGCAAGCAAUAGCUCAUCGGGUGAGUUACGUUUGGGUGAUCGAAGAAGAUGGAAGCGUGGUUGGGAUCGUAACGUUUCCCAACAUCUUACAAGUAUUUCGGGAAUAUUUAGAUUCUUCUACAUGGGUUUGAUUCGAAAAACCCACACAUGAUCAGUUGUUUGGUUGUUAAUUAAUUAAGGUGAGGAGUGUUGGAAAGGUUGUCAAUCAUGUUCAAUAAUGAGGUUUUUGGGGAUUAGUCAAAAAAUAGGAAAUUGUCAAAAAGGGGAAGAACAUGUGAAUAGGUUGAGACUUUCUUGAGAACUUGUUUGUCACUAUGUUGUGUGGAAUCAUGUGAGAUAACGAUUUUUGGUGGCUGUGGAUCAACAUAUUACAUAUGCCCAUUUUGUCACUAGUUUGUCUUGAUUUUGUAAACUUUUGGUAAUUCUCAUGCUCUCUGCAAUUGUGCUGCCAAUUAUUUUGGAUGCAUAUUUCCUCCCUAAUGAUCCAAACAAACAUUAUUUUCA